AUGCAACGGCAGACAACAGAACCACCCCCUAAGAAAAUUCGCACUUCCACUGCCUGUGAAGCCUGCAGAGCAAAGAAAAAAAAGUGUGAUGGGAAUCGCCCGAAGUGUGCGUCGUGUAUUAUGCGCGCAAUCGAUUGCUAUUAUGGUGAGACCGAGUCACGUGUCGCUACCCAGAGAUACAGCGAGUUACGUAUGAGGAAGACGACCUACGAGGAGUUGAUCGAUUUGCUCAGAACUCUGCCCAGCGAUGAUGCUACAAAGCUGUUGGGUCGGUUGCGCACAGAAGAAGAUCCUACUUCCCUCUUGCGUCAGAUACAAACAGGCGACCUCCUUAUCCAGCUCUCUGUUGCUCCAGAAACCCGAAGGCGAUACGAAUUCCCGUACCUUUCGAAUAUGCCAUCAUCUCUCAUCGUUUCAGGCAAUUCCUACUUAGAAUCCAUCAUUUUCGCCACGACCUGGAAGGGUACCCAGCAUUUCCAGACUAUUACUGAUCAUCGACUGAAUAAAAUGUGGGAUUCCGAUGCAUACACGAAGCCCUAUCAUGCAGCUAAAAUCGCGGAGCCUCUGCUCUCCGAUGUUGACAUCUCAAAGUGGACUUCUGUCACAUCCGACAACAAGCUGUUGAGAGAGCUUUUAAGCCAAUAUCUGCUGUCUACUUACAAUGUGUUUUUACCUUUCCCUAAAGACCUAUUUCUCGAAGACUUGGCUUCUGGAUGUGCCAACCAUUGCUCUUCACUUUUGGUCAACGUUGUACUUGCUGCGGCAUGUUCAAGUUACCAGCGACUUCCAAAUCGGGGCAACUUUUGGAUGCCUGAAAGUUUGCUAUACAAAUUCUUGGCAGAAUCAAGAAUGCUGUGGGAGCUCGAAAGCGUGAGAAAGCCCUGUCUCACAACAAUCCAAGCCGCAUAUACCAUGUCAACUAUCAUGAGUAACACCGGGAUAGACAAGUUGGGGUGGAGAUAUAUGCUCCAAGCUAUCACUAUCGGUGAGGAGCUCGGAAUCUUCCAAUCGUCAGCCAGCAUAUGUUGUCCAAAAGAAAAACGGGCUCGAGUUUGGACAGCUUGGAGUGUUUGGUGGUUCCAAGUUGAACUUGGGUACUACUACUUCCACAAGCCGCCGCAUCUUGAGCGACCUCCUGUAGACCCGCUACCCAAUCCUACUGCUGAGCCAGACUGGUAUGGCGAAACUUGGUUGCAGUAUCCGCAAAGCGGUGUUCUUAUUCCCAUACAUCUAGGUCACAACAUGAAGUUAAGAUGUGAUCUGAAUGUCAUUAAAGGCGAUAUCGCUACUGAUUUGUUAGGUUCCUCCUCUCACUUUUCACUUGAACGGGCACGCUAUUAUCAUGAUAGGUUGGAGGCUUGGUAUCAAAAGCUUCCCGCACCGUACACAUCGCAGCAGAUAUUCACCAUCUCGCAAUUCCUGAUACAUUUGGAAUACUGCAAUAUUGUCAUCUCACUCUUCGAGCCCUACAUUGGUGCCACUGAUGUCGCUAGCACCAUUGAUUCAACCAGAUCCCCUACAAACAUUGUGAGAUUGGCAGAAGCCCAAUUUGAAACAGCUUUUCGACUGUACUAUUUGCGGCAUAGCUUUAAAACCUUUGAUGGUCACCUCAUGAUGUACGCAAUGGUAUUGGCUAAUAGGGCUGCUAAAGUUCUUAAAACAACCAUACCGGCGUCUGACGAUUCGCCACAGGCAAAGCGAGAAGAGCUUCGCUCAACACUGGUCCUAUGUGGAAAAGCACUCAGAGACCAGGCAGAUAAUUUUUACCUUGCGAAUCUGAUGUGUCUUGCGCUGGGAGGUAUGUUAGAACCUGAGGAUCUACAGUUGUUGAGUACCUGUGUGAGUUUGGUGCCAGACAUUGAACGGCCUUCGCUGCCCCAGCAUGAACUACUGAACUGGCCACUUCCUAUUGUGAGAAUGGAUGAAGAGCCGAGUAAAGCAGUACUUGCAAGCUUGGUACAACAAUUCAAAGACAUGGAAUCGGCGACGAAAGUUUGA